AUGUCGUCAGCUUCCUUCUAUUCUCCGCCGGAGAGACGCGGCGCAUGGCGCAAUCCGGACGCUGCUGAAGAAGAAGCAGAACCAGUACGAUAUUCACCGUAUACUUCGGCGAAAAUGCCAAAAUACGAGAUACAGGUCCAUGUUCCACGGGUGAACAAGAAUGGGUUUGAGAAGAGCCAGUCGCCGUAUCCGCCAGACGAAUACGACGAGUUCAAUGAUCCGACGCUGUUCUUCGAAAGAAAUCGAAUCAAGCAAUUACAGGAUGAGCGCGUGCAUAUCCAGAAGAAGACUUUCACCAAAUGGUGCAAUUCGUUCCUUAGCAGAAACAGGACAUUGGAUCUUGGUGGCGUUGAGGCGUAG